UUUUUUAGUUUGUGAAAUAAUAAUUUUUCACUUUUAUAUCUGAAACAGGCUUAUUGGUUCUUGCAUAAUGGAUUUGAUACAUCUUUUGUUAAAUUCAGUGGUGGAUGAAUUGUGCUUUUUAUGUUUCAAAGAGAGUGUAAAUGCUCAAAGUAUUCGCUCUAAACUUGAAGUAAAGAGUGAACUUUUUGACGAAACUUUAAAUAUGGCUGAUAUGAUUAUCUAUUUAUUUCCUUCAUUCGAGCUGUGUUUAACAAAAGUAUGCGGUAAAUGUGCCAACCUUAUCAUCAGUAUGUAUAUUGCAAUACAAAGAAACAAUGUCAUGACUCGAAUUAUUAACAGCAUUAUUGACAAUAUUAAUAUAAAAUUACCUAAAAGUAAUCCACCAUGCCAAGAUAGGCUUGGAAAAUUAAAUAUCAAAGUUAAUUUAAUAAAAAUUAUGAAGCAGUCAUUCAAAUUUACCCGAAAGUAUGACCAACCAACAGAUGAUAACUAUGAUGAAACUGUUCCGAACAAAAUAGAAGAAAAUACAAGCCAAGAAAGGCAAUGUCAGAUUUGUUGUAAGUUGUUCAAUAGCAUUACAAAGUUUAAAAAGCACAUGAAAAGUCACAAUCGAAGAGAAUACAAAAAAGUAUACUACAGUUGUAAUCAAUGCAAUUACAAAAGUCCAUCAAAACAAUCACUGCAGGGGCAUAUAAAUAAAAAACAUUUGAAAGUGCGACCGCAUGUUUGUAAUACAUGCUACAAGCACUAUUAUCAUAGAAAAAACUUAGUUGAACACGAGAAAACACAUUUGCAAAUUAGGAAUGAAAUAUGCGAGGUAUGCGGUGACAGUUUUAUUCAUAAAAAGAAUUUGCUAGAACACCUGAAGCUUCAUUCAGGCGAAAAGCCAUUUCAGUGUGACAUAUGCACUAGAAGGUUCAUAACAUCGGGGCGUAGAUUAGAGCACAUAAAGAGAUGUCACAGUGAAAAAAGUGAAUGUUGCCUUAUCUGCGACAAAAAGUUUAGUUUAAUUAAGGAACUGACCAGGCAUAUUAAGACUGUCCAUUCGUAAAGCAUAUAUCUAAAUACUAGGUAUGGAAGCGGUGCUAGCCAUUUACAAUUAAGCAAUUCAAUAUGGUUUAGCGGUGAUGGAAAACUUUGAGGAAGCUUACAUACCUGAGAGUUCUCCAUUAAGAUCUCAAGGGUAUGUGAAGUCUACCAAUCCAAACUUGAUCAGCACGAGAGGAGACCCUUUAUAGUGGACCAGUGAUGAUG